AUGCGCUGCGCUCCGACGGCAGGCGCAGUCCUGGUGCUGUGCGCCGCCACCGCCGGGCUGCUGAGCGCCCAGGCUCGCCCCGCGUCGCCCGAGCCGCCGCGCUUCGCGUCCUGGGAGGAGAUGAACGUGCUGGCGCACGGGCUGCUGCAGCUCGGCCGCGGGCUGCACGAACACGUGGAGCGCACCCGCGGGCAGCUGAGCGCGCUGGAGCGGCGCCUGGCCGCGUGCGGGGCGGCGUGCCAGGGAUCCGAGGCGACCGCCGCGACUCCGAAAGACCCCGAGAACCCAAUCGCCAGCGGCGAGACGGCUCCCGAGACCCUGCGCAGCCUGCAGGCACAGCUCAAGCUUCAGAAUAGCCGGAUCCAACAACUGUUCCUGAAGGUUGCCCAGCAGCAGCGACACCUGGAGAAGCAGCACCUGAAAAUCCAGAAUCUGCAAAGUCAGAUUGGUCUGCUGGCCCCCACACACCUACACAAUGGGGUGAACCAGUCUGCCAGAAGAAAGAGGCUACCCAAGAUGUCCCAGUCCACUGGCCUGGCUCACAAUGCCACCAGCUUGCACAGGCUGCCCCGGGACUGCCAGGAGCUCUUUGAAGAGGGUGAGCGGAAGAGUGGACUAUUCCAGAUCCAGCCUCAGGGGUCCCCACCUUUCCUGGUCAACUGCAAGAUGACCUCAGAUGGAGGCUGGACAGUGAUUCAGAGGCGCAAAGAUGGUUCUGUGGACUUCAACCAGUCCUGGGAAGCAUACAAGACAGGCUUUGGAGACCCCCAAGGCGAGUUCUGGUUGGGCCUGGAGAAGAUGAGAAGCAUCACAGGGGACCGUGGCAGCCGCCUGGCCGUGCAGCUUCAGGACUGGGAUGGCAAUGCCAAGUCACUGAAGUUCCCCAUCCACCUGGGUGGUGAAGACACAGCCUACAGUCUGCAGCUCACUGCACAAGUGGCGGAUGAGCUGGGUGUCCCCACCACACCCAAUGGCCUCUCCCUACCCUUCUCCACGUGGGACCAGGACCAUGACCUCCGUGUGGACAUGAACUGUGCCAAGAGUCUCUCUGGUGGAUGGUGGUUCGGCACCUGUGACCACUCCAACCUCAAUGGCCAGUACUUUCCCUCCAUCCCACAACCACGGCAGCAGCGUAAGAAGGGAAUGUUCUGGAAGGCCUGGCGGGGCCGCUACUACCCAUUGCAGGCAACCACAGUGCUGAUCCAGCCCACAGAGGCUGCAGCAGCCUCCUAGCCUCCCAGUGGAGCCUGGUCCCAGGCUGAAGAGGACAGUGACUUCGGCUCUGGCCCAAGAACAUGGCUGCUCUCUGCUCUAGCAGGAGCUCCAAGCAGGGGCCGUGUGGAGCCUUGUGAACAGAGAAGAGGUCCACGACUGGAGCGAGCCCCCUUUCUGAGUGGGGGGCUGCACGCAU